AUGACAGGGAUAAAGGUGAAACCUUGCAAAUGGCUACCGUUUGAAGUAGGACAGUCGGCGAAAGUUCAAAAACUGGCACAGCUGAUUUGGUGGCUGUUCAACAACUUCAUCAUGGCACUUCUUAAGGCGUACUUUUACAUCACUGACACUACACUGUAUCGAAAUCGUCUGUUCUACUACCGCAAGAAGAUUUGGCAUCAGCUUCACACAAGAGCUUUUCAAGAUCUGAUCCAGAAAAAAAUGCUUCAAACAGUGUCAGAGACCAGAGUGAUGGAGCUGCUGAAAACUGAGUCUUCUCUGGGCGUGUCUUACCUGAGAUUUCUACCGAAGUCUGGGUCACUGCGACCUAUUAUCAACCUGGGACGACGACCUUUGUGUGGCACCAGGAAGACACUGUCGAUCAACCAGCAGCUGAUGACAUUGCUGCACGUACUCAAGUUCCACGUGAACGCCGAUCCGAGCAUUGUGGGAUCCUCACUGUUUGGCCUAGAUGACACAUACAAGGCAUGGGUAAAGUUUAUAGCCCACAGGAGCUUGAACAAUGAUCACCGGUUAUUGUACUUUGUGAAGACUGACAUUGCUGGAUGUUUUGACACUAUCAGGCAAGAAAAACUCUACAGUAUUGUUAGUGACAUUCUCAAAAAGAACAUAACAGAAGAGUAUGUGACCAGGAGAUUUGCCAGUGUGGUUGUAGCUGGAGGCCGGUUGAAGAGAACGUUCCAUAGAGACUCCAACACGCUGUUCACAUAUCAACCAGACUUCUUUGUCUUCAACAAGAAACGCAUGUUGGCAGACAAUCUUCGAAAUAUCAUCCUGGUGGAUCAGGUUGUGAAUCAACACGAUACUGUUGACAGUUUGCUGAAGACUCUUCAAGCUCACCUUUUCAACAACAUCAUUAAGGUUGGAAGAAGAUUCUACUUACAGCGUGUUGGCAUCAGCCAGGGUUCCAUCCUGUCCACCAUGUUGUGUAACCUCUAUUACGGACACAAGGAGAGAUGGACAAUGGACGUGGCUGAGGAUGAACUGUUGCUGAGGAUGGUGGAUGACUUCCUGUUCGUAACGCCUUACAAAGAUAAAGCUGAACAAUUCCUUGAAGACAUGUUGAAAGGAAACGAAGAGUACAACUGUAAGACCAAUGUCAGUAAAGUUCUCACCAACUUUCCUGUGAGUGACUUCAAGGAUGGAAUGAUUCCGUGUAUCUCACGGACAGAGCCAUUGCCGUGGUGUGGCUUGUUAAUCAACACAAACACACUUGAAGUAUCUGUGGACUAUUCCAGAUAUGCAGGGCUGCGUAUCUCAGAUACAAUGACCUUUGACCUUGCUCACCAGCCAGGCCUGGCCAUGAAAAACAAACUACUCCAGUCUCUCAGACCAAAAUGUCAUGGGAUCUUUUUUGAUUCACAAAUAAACAGUCAACAGAUUAUCAUCGUCAACAUCUACAAGUUGAUGCUACUGAUGGCUCACAAGUUCCACGCCUACAUGAUGCACUUCCCUGCAUCUCGACGUGCGUCCAGCAAUGUACAGUUCUUCCAUGACAUGAUACUGACACUGUCUUCACACCUUUAUUCCCAGUCUACUGAAAAAACCUGUAGUAACCCGAAAGGACAGAACAAAAAACUUUUUCCCCUGUCACUGGAUGUAGUGAAAUGGUUGACUCUAAAAGCAUUCGUGUCAAAACUGAAGCAACAUCACUCCAUUUACAGGCUUCUCUUGGCCUCACUGCAAGAUGUCAAGAGAGGCCUACACAAGAGUCUAAAACAUACCAUGAGACACAUUUUGCACCAACUGACAACCAGUGAAGGUAUACGUGAAUUGAACCAGAUCCUGUUAAAAGGUUGCAGAUGAUAAACGGCGGCAUGGGACUUCCUUUAUAGCAACAAUCGGUGACACUAGGUCGCAGAUGAUAAACGGCGGCAUGGGACUUCCUUUAUAGCAACAAUCGGUGACACUUGGUCGCAGAUGAUAAACGGCGGCAUGGGACUUCCUUUAUAGCAACAAUCGGUGACACUAGGUCGCAGAUGAUAAACGGUGGCAUGGGACUUCCUUGAUAGCAACAAUCGGUGACACUAGGUCGCAGAUGAUAAACGGUGGCAUGGGACUUCCUUUAUAGCAACAAUCGGUGACACUAGGUCGCAGAUGAUAAACGGCGGCAUGGGACUUCCUUUAUAGCAACAAUCGGUGACACUAGGUUGCAGAUGAUAAACGGUGGCAUGGGACUUCCUUUAUAGCAACAAUCAAUGACUAUCAUGUACAGCUUUAACAAGACAUUACAUGUGAACCCUCGAUCAGUCCGAGUGCUGGGUACACAACUUUAAAAUCGCGUGCACUGUUGUUCGAUGAUUUUAAAUUGCAAAUAAUGUUACCUAAUGUGCAGUACAUCAGUGGUUAAUUAGACAAAAUAUCUGUGAAAAAUUCGUGUUUUUUUGUUAGUAAAUUAAAUCAUUUACUUGUAAUUUAUUAUUGGUAUGUAGUUGAAGGUAUAUUGUCCAACAUCCAAUAGCCGAUUAAUAAUUAGUCAGUGCUCUAGUGGUGUCGUUAAACAAAACAAACUUUUAACUUUAGUUGAAGGAAUAAUGCUUACAUUUCAAAGCAAAGUUAAUAAAACAAUUUUGUUGGGAAGCUGUUGGUAUGCAACUCUGAUAUAGCAUCUUUAAUAAAGUAGAAGCGGGACGCAGCCUAGUGGUACAGCGCUCGCUCGCUGCACGGUUGGUGUGGGAUCGAUCCCCGUCAGUGGACCCAUUAGGCUAUUUCUCGUUCCAGCCAGUGCACUAUGA